ACAACAAUAAAGAGUAAAGCUGGCCGCUAAAGCAGCAAAAGCACCCUCCUUUCACGAGAAAACACCUCACCGGAGCUUCCUCUCUCACUCCUCAACCCCAGCUUUCUCUCUCUAAAAACCCAGCAAUGUCAUCCACCACACUACUCCUACUAGUAGCAUUCUCCAACACCAUACUUGUAGCACUAUCCCACUCCCCCUACUCACAAUCAUCCACCCCAUCAGAAUGGAGAUCUGCAAGAGCAACAUACUACGCCGCCGCCGAUCCACGCGACGCGGUGGGCGGCGCGUGCGGGUACGGCGAUCUGGAAAAGGCAGGGUACGGGAAGGCGACGGCGGGGAUGAGCACGGUGUUGUUCGAGAAAGGACAGAUCUGUGGCGCGUGUUUCGAGGUGAAGUGUGUGGAUGAUCUCCGGUGGUGUAUUCCGGGGACAUCGAUUAUUGUGACGGCGACGAAUUUCUGUGCGCCGAAUUAUGGGUUUCCGGCGGACGGUGGCGGGAAGUGUAACCCACCGAAUGCGCAUUUUGUUUUGCCGAUUGAGAUUUUUGAGAAGAUUGCGAUUUGGAAGGCGUCUAAUAUGCCUAUUCAGUACCGGAGGAUUAACUGCAGAAAAGAAGGUGGAAUACGGUUCAGUAUUGAUGGGGCUGGGGUAUUCUUAUCAGUGUUGAUCCACAACGUGGCUGGUGCAGGAGACAUAUCAGCGGUGAAGAUCAAGGGUUCGAGAACCGGGUGGCUGCCAAUGAACAGAAACUGGGGGCAGAACUGGCAUAUAAACGCUGAUCUAAAAAACCAACCGAUUUCUUUUGAGGUGACUAGUAGUGAUGGAUUAACUGUUACAUCUUACAAUGUUGCUCCAAAAGAUUGGAACUUUGGGCAGACCUUUGAGGGCAAGCAGUUUCAAUCUUGAAGUGUUUUUUGUUUCGAUAUACUUGAUCUACUCAUCAAACUAUAGAGCCUAGUCUUUUUGUGGCAUGCCUUGUAGACGCCGGCCGAGAUCAUGUAACAUUGGAAAUUUUACUUUCUUUAAUUGUAUAAAAUAAACUUUAUAUUUAAGAAAGCUUCCCUUGCUUUAUGUU